AUGAUAAUGAUGUUCGCGCUCACUGGGGCAGCGAAGCUAAUGACGAUGAUGACCUUGAACUGCCUUGCAGUACCCUUGGUUCGGGCUGGGUCUGAGAGAGUCGAUCUGAGGAUUGAUCUGAAGUCUGCUCUUCUCUUCUCCAAAGCACUCGAUGAAGUCCUCGAGCCUGGCUUUGGACCUUGUUCACCAUCCGAUCUACCUGCGAAGCCAGGAGACAGUGCUUCAGACGCAGCUGUUGCAAAGUAUGAGACCGACGUCACGGCCCUACGAAAGCGCGUCGCACAAGACCAAGCAACGAUUAUGAUCAUCAACUCAUCCUGCUCGUAUUCAGUCUGCCAGGUAACGGCCGAAUGCCUUACCGCAGCUGAGAUCUGGUCAACACUUGCAAAGACAUACCAAGGAAGAGGCUUCAAUCUUGAGUAUUCGACAAUCACCGAGCUGGUGUGCUUGAAAUACGAGCACUUCAACGAUCUCGAGAAGUAUAAGCAAACCUUCCGGAGCCUCGCUGCCAAAUGGAAGCAGCUGGAGGCUUUCCCGACCUGGGCUGAGCGAAACAAAGCUGCGAUGACCCUAAACCGCGAUGCUAUUACACUCGAGCAGCUGAUCAACGAGGUCUCGGAUCUGUCUCGGAAUGCACAAGCCAAAUCGACACAUAAAAUCUCGAUGAUGGCAAAUCAGAAGGAUAGCGCCCAUACGCAGACACCUGCUAUCAACUUCAUCCCGAACUUGCAAAUUCGGCAAGAGGGGGAGCAAGCAGAGGUGGUCGUGGUGGUCGCCGAGGUCGUGGAGGACGCGGUCGUGGAGGCAAGAGUGGAGAUACAGCGAUGGCAUCCGUCGAUUUCGCCUACGCUAACUUUAACUACGCCGUGGGAGAUCAUGCGAAAAAUGAAUGGCUCUCAGACACAGUCCUAG